UUUAGAUGUUUUAUUCACUGGACUUACGUUGUAUAAGUGUGUUACACAUAAUAUACAUUUCUGGUAUCUUUGCUAUUGGCAAAUGCUUACCUUUUACAACAGUCUUAUUAACAAAGUAAAAUUUAUUCAUACUGUUCGUUUUUAAAAAAAAUUUUUGCUCUUACAAUUUUUUUCUACGUAAAAAUUGUUUCUUAUUUAAUUGUCGAAAAAAAUUGUUUUCACAUUUUUUUUAUUUACAAUUUAAAAAUUAAGUUUUUUUUACUCUUUUUUUCUGUUCAAUGUGCGUGAAUGUGAAAAAUAAUUGUGAAAGCAGUUUCUUAGUACGUUUCAAUACAGGAAUUGAUAACAAAAAUUCGUCGUAAGCGAACACAAUAAUUAAUUUAUCGAGACAAAAAAAUGGAAGGAGACGCAAAACGACCGACGGAAUUGUCGGAUUCGGGAAAUUUGGCUACGAAUUGGAAUUUAUGGAAAAAGGAGUUUCAAACGUACAUGAAAAUAACAAAAGGUGUUAAAAAACCCGAAGACGAACAAGUGGCAUGGUUGAAGAAUUUUAUUGGACCUGUUGGAUUAAAGGCGUUUGAACAAUUAUCCUUCGACAAUCCAAGGGACGAGGAAAAUAUGAUUAUUGUUAUGGAGAAAUUAAAUCAAUUUUUUCUCUACACGAAAAAUCAAAAAGUACAACGAUACAAAUUUUUUUCAAAAGUGAGGAAAGAUAACGAAUCAAUUGAUGAAUAUGCCAAAGAUCUACAAGAAAUGGCAAAGUCUUGCAAUUUUGGUGACCAAUCGAAACUGUUAAUUUUGGAUGCAAUUAUUUUGAGCAUCAAAGAUGAAAAACUUCGUAAUCUUUUGUUCGAGGAACCAGAUUUGACGUUAAAUAAAUUGAAAAAUAUUUACAAAACUUAUGUAUCAGGGAAACAAGAAACUGCGAAUAAAAAUGAAUCGUCGACGACAUUUUUUAAAAAAGAAUGCUCGAAAUGUGGACAACGACAUGCUUUUAAAAAUUGUCCAGCAUUCGGAAAAAAUUGUCACUAUUGCAAGCAAGCAAAUCAUUUUACUCCAUUUUGUCCUGUUUUGAAAGCUAAGCAAGAAACAAUUCAUACACCUAUUAAUACACAGAAUAAUGAUGAACAAUUUUCAUCUUCUACCAAUAUUAGAGCAUCAACAUCAUUGGAUCGAUCUCAAAAUGAAUUUAGAACACAACCACCAGUGAGGAAAUCGACAGAAAAACCUUCGGCACAAACGAAGAAUAAUACAAUUCCUCCUUCGUACAAUUCUUUGUAUCCAGAUUCAUCACCCCGAGCACCACCUGCACCUGCUCCACGAAAAAAUAGACAACAUGUUGCCCGUUAUGAAUAUGUCUACGUUGAUUCUAAAAAUUCAAAUGUAAAACCACGUUAUCGAGAAAAGCAAAAAUCACAAGACGACGCCGAUUGCACAAUUCAAUAAUAAAAUAUUCUUUAUUAUUGAAUUUAAUCAGCUCGACUUAUUUUAAAAGUCAAUAAUUGUUUGAUUUAUGGAAACACUGAAUCAAAUAAAUUUUUUUUCAAUGAAAAAUUAAAAACUUUCAAAUUACAGUUUUUGGAAGAAAAUUAUUGUAAACUUUGUGCAAAAUCGAAAUGCUUAUAAGAAAUUGAAAUUUUGAAUUUGAAAUUGAUGAAAUGGACAAUUUGAAUUGUCUUUUAAUACAGAAAGGUAGAAUUUUUAAAGAAAUUAUAAUCGGUUCUUUGACCUGAACACAAAUUUUAAUUAGUAACAAUUUCUCUACCAAUUCUCAGUAUAACUUUUCACUCAAAUUUCAGUAAAAUAUUUUUAAAAACUAAUUUAAUUAAUAAGAAAAUUUUACUUUGUAGAAAUUAGUGUAAAUUUCAAUUGCUUUGAAUUAGUGAUCGAAUUUUUUCCUGAUUCAUAUUUAGAGAAGUUUUAAAAAAAGGCUAAGUUUUUACUUGUUUUAAAUA